ACCCAAACAAACCACUACAAAACCCUAGUUUUCACGCUCUGCACUCUUAACCAUAAUACGUAGCUGUAUCGGAGUCUGAUUUUCACCGCCGCAUAGAACCAGAUGGAGAAGGGAGGGCCCAUUGUUCCAGAAUCUGUACUUAAGAAACAGAAGAGGAGUGAGGAAUGGGCAUUGGUCAAAAAGCAGGAGCUUGAGUCUGCUAAGAAGAAGAAGGCAGAGCAACGCAAGCUUAUCUACAACAAAGCCAAACAGUAUUCAAAGGAUUACGAGCAACAGGAAAAGGAGCUAAUUCAAUUGAAGCGUGAGGCUAGGUUGAAAGGGGGAUUAUAUGUCAACCCUGAGCCUAAGCUGCUGUUUCUCAUUCGAAUCCGUGGUAUCAAUGCCAUGCACCCACAGACGAAGAAGAUUUUACAACUUUUGCGUCUACGACAGAUUUUUAAUGGCGUUUUUCUGAAAGUCAACAAGGCAACAUUGAAUAUGUUGCACAGAGUUGAGCCCUAUGUGACUUACGGAUACCCCAACUUGAAGAGCGUGAAAGAAUUGAUAUACAAGAGGGGCUAUGGCAAGGUUAACAAGCAGAGGAUUGCUUUGACAGACAAUUCCAUCAUUGAACAUGUUCUUGGCAAACAUGGGAUUAUCUGCAUGGAAGAUCUUGUUCAUGAGAUCAUGACUGUUGGACCUCAUUUUAAGGAGGCCAAUAACUUUAUCUGGCCAUUCCAACUUAAGGCACCAUUGGGUGGUCUGAAGAAGAAGAGAAACCACUACGUUGAGGGUGGAGAUGCUGGAAACCGUGAAGAUUAUAUCAACGAGCUUAUCAGGAGAAUGAACUAGAUUGUGUUACCUUCUAAUUGUGUUGGGAGAGUCUGAGAUUCUUUAGUUUCUUAUUGGAAGCUAGAGGAAUCUCUCAUUAGCACGUUUUUGAACUGAAAGUUGCUGAGUUUUUUUUUCCCCCAAGUACGUGUUCUUGGAUGGUGUUGAAAGAUUAUUCUUGUUUUACGAUAAAUACGAGUAUCUAUGUUUAAUUUAAGGCUUUGCGCGUGCUGUAUC